AUGGACUUUGGUUUUGUCAGCUCACCUUCACAAUCACCGAGUCAGUCACUCUUUGCAGCGGGACCCUACUUCGACAGUACUUCUGAGGGCUCAAGCCCCGACUCGCCACAUCAAAUGAGUCAAAUCAUGUUCAACUCUGCUUCUAUGCAGUACGACAUGUUCCGAUAUCCAGCAUCUUCGUCAAAUUACUAUUCGACCACGCAAACAACUCAGAUCCCUGUAGACUACAGCAACUCGGACUCACUGGACCAGAGUGACCGACGGCGAAGGCGCAGAGGAAGUACGUCAGCUCCCGCCAAGGAAAAGGAGACCAUCCCAAACAUGCACUUGAGAAGACGCGCUCAAAAUCGAGCAUCCCAGAGAGCAUUUAGAGAACGCAAGGAGAAGCACGUCAAAGGUCUGGAACGCCAGCUAGAGGAUCUCCACGAGAAGCACCAGGACCUCCUGCAGUCGUAUACCCGUCAAGCAGACGAGGUAGGCCGUCUCACUGGCCGGAUCUCGGAGCUCAAUGCCGAGCUCAAUGCCCUCCGCGCGUGUCAAGAUCAGUCGUUCAGUGAGAUGUUGAUGCCUGACAAGUUCGACAAGUUCGAUGCCUUCUCAUCAACGGGCAUUCUUUACCAUCCCUCAGACUCGUACUUUGACAAGAAUGCUCCUGAUCUCAAUUCUGAGUUCGCCCUGCAUUCAUUUGAAGAUUCAUUGUAA